AUGAGCAAAGCAGGCAACCCACAGAGACGCACCACCUACCUCAUUUCCCUCACUCUGGUGAAGGUUGAGGCUGUGCCAGAGGAUGUAGCAGAGAACCAGAAGGAGGCUCUUCCAGAGGGGGAAGGGAGCCCUAAGAAGAAGGAGGAGGAGAAGGAGGAAGUGAGCAAUGUCCCUGAAAAGGAGGGAGGACUUGUAUGUGCAGAAGUGGUGGGAAAAGAAAACACACAGGUGGAAGCAGAAGUGGAGCUGGCACAAGUCAAGUAUGGCAGCCCCACUGAGAAUAGAGGGAAGCUCGAGCGGAGAGAAACUCAUGGACACCAGAAAGAUGUUGCAACAGCUGGUAAAAGCAAAGACACUUCUCUGGUACAUCCACCUGUUAGGCAAAUGGUCAAAGUAUAUGGAGGAACUACCUCUGAGGGAACUGUGCGCAGAGAGGGGCCUCGCUCAGAGGCCUUGCGCCCUAAGACGGAGAUCUACAGGGAGCCCCCCAUGCUGUUCUUGAAGGGUGAAAAUGGAGCAGACCUGAGCAGUCGCUCACGCUGCAGCCUCCCUUUUUCCGUCCCGCCACAGGUCAGCCAGCGCCCUGAAGUCCUGAUGAGAUCACAUGCAGGAGGCAACUCUGCAUGCUGGAGAGAACUCAGAGAGGCCAAUACGAGCCUGUAUCACUCUGCUAAGACUUUGGACCGAAGGGAUAACCGUAUCGGGGACCAGUCCCCCUUAAUGGCAGCUACAACUAUGGGGCCUUACAGGGCGUCCUGGACCGACAGCGACGGCAGGGGCAUGUUCAUUCGCCCCGGAGCUCCCAUCAGCGGGGGAUUUUCAGGUGCAAUGACCCGGGACAGCCCUCAGGGGGAGAGAUUUAAGACAGUUUCUGUUUCCCUGCCUGCACCUCCUGCCACCGAUGUGUCCAGGCCUCAAAGAAAAGGUACAAGUCGUACCCUGGACAACAGUGACCUACAUUCCCUCUCUGAGGACCUGAAGAAGGGGAAGGAGGGCCAGGGAGGAACAAUCCAGCGAGCUCCUCCACGCGACCGCAAGAUGCUCAAGUUCAUUAGUGGGAUUUUCACCAAAAGUACAGCUGUGCCACCCAGCGUCAACACUGCACCACCCCUCUAUCCAGCUGUAGAGAGGGGCUCGAGCGAGGAGGAAGCUGUAUGCACCAGUAGUCAAGAAUGGACCAUGAGCCAAACUGUACAAGAGCUUCACCUGGGUGUCCUGGGAGGUCUGUGCAGUGGGAAGUCUGCUCUGGUCCACAGACACCUAACAGGAAGUUACCUGCCGCUAGAAAACGCUGAGGGACGCCAGUAUAUUAAGGAUGUCCUAGUUGACGGACAGAGCCACUUGUUGAUAAUCAGAGAAGAGACUGAACUCCCAGGUGCUCAGUUUGCAAGUUGGGUGGAUGCAGUUAUCUUGGUCUUCAGUCUGGAAAAUGAGGCCAGCUUUCAGGAAGUUUACAGAAUCUACCACCAGCUUGCAAUCCACCGGCCUGUCACUGAGAUACCUUUCAUAGUAGUUGGCACUCAGGAUAAGAUCAGCAGCACCAACCCCAGAGUAAUAGAUGAUGCCAGGGCCAGACAGCUGUGCUCAGAUGUACGACGCUGCACUUACUAUGAAACCUGUGCGACGUACGGCCUCAACGUGAACAGAGUCUUCACUGAUGCUGCUCAGAAGAUUAUGGCAGCCAAGAAGCAAGCUGCUCUACUGGCUUCCUGUAAAUCGCUUCCUAAUUCUCCCAGUCACUCUGGAGGAUCCACCCCAGUGUCGGGCAUCUUUCCAGGACAGGCCAGUAACGGUGGUCAGAGCAGUGAUUACUCCUCAUCACUUCCCUCCACUCCUGUCAUCAGUCAUAAAGAGAUCGCCAGGACAGCGAGGGGGGAGAAACAGGACAGUGCCACGCCCGGGUCAGUCCGGAGCGCCACCCGGAGACGCACCUCUCGAUUUGCGGGUCGGAGAGGCAGUGACUCAAACAGAAGAAGUGCAGACUACAAGGGAGAUCUGGGCAGUGGACGCUCCAUUCCCAUUAAACAGGGCAUCUUGCUGAAGCGCAGCGGGAGCUCGCUCAACAAAGAGUGGAAGAAGAAGUAUGUCACACUGUCCAACGAUGGCAUACUGUCCUAUCACUCCAGCGUCAAUGACUACAUGCUGAAUACCCCGGGGAAAGAGAUGGACCUGCUGCGAGUGACGGUGAAGGUGCCGGGAAAGCGACCACCUCGCGCUGUACCUGCCUGCGGCCCACCUGUAGGGCUCAACGGGCGGGUCAAAGAUGUGCCGGGACCUGAGGGUGUCAGCCCAGUCCCUGUAAGUGCCAGUAGCCUCCUUCAAGUGGAGGAAAUGGAAGGGCUGGGUGGUGCACUCUUCCUGAGGAGUAACAGAGGGGUGCAGCGAUGUCCUUCCACAUUAUCUAACCACGCUCAAAGUGUCGACUCUGCAGUUGAGGGAGUCUCCAGCUCCUCCUCCACCAAAGAUGUAGGCUCUGCCUCCCCAGUGACUGACAGGAAGAAGCAUCGCAGGAAGAAGAGCAUGAACCAGAAAGGAGAUGCAACGAUUGGCCAAGCAGAUGCCAAGCGCAAAAUGUGGAAACUUAAAAGCUUUGGUAGCUUACGAAACGUAAGCAAGACAGAUGAGGAUAACUUUGACUUCCUCAUCGUGUCAAGCACCGGCCAGACGUGGCACUUUGAAGCCCAGAGUGUGGAGGAGAGGGACUCCUGGGUCCAAGCCAUCGAGAGCCAGAUCUUGGCCAGUCUGCAGCUGUGUGAGAGCAGCAAAAACAAGGCUCGCAAGAACAGUCAGAGUGAAGCAGUGGCUCUGCAGGCAAUCCGCAACGCAAAGGGCAACAACUUCUGUGUUGACUGUGAUGCUCCCAAUCCAACCUGGGCCAGUCUGAACCUGGGCGCUCUCAUAUGCAUCGAGUGUUCAGGGAUCCACAGGAACUUGGGGACCCAUCUGACGCGCGUUCGCUCGCUGGAUCUUGAUGAUCUGCCGCGAGAGCUGACUCUGGUUCUCAGUGCCAUAGGCAACCACAUGGUCAACAGUAUAUGGGAGGCACGCACCCUGGGGAGACGUAAACCAGCACCUGAUGCUACAAGAGAGGAGCGUGAGUCAUGGAUCAGAGCCAAAUAUGAGCAGAAACUGUUUGUGGCGCCGUUGCCUCCUCCCACUCCCAGCGAGGGCCCAGACAUCACGCUAUCUGGCCGUCUUCUGUUGGCAGUGAUGGAGCACAACCUCCCGAAGCUGCUGCUCCUUUUGGCUCACUGCACUAAGGAGGACAUUAAUGCACCUCUCAGUCUGGCCCUCUCCUCCAGGUCGCUCUUAGCACUGCGACUGCCCGGCUCUGCCCUCCACGCUGCUUGUCAGCAGGCUGAUGUGGUGAUGACGCAGCUUCUUGUUUGGUAUGGCUGUGAUGUUCGGUAUCGGGACGCUCAGGGGCAGACAGCUUUGGCUCUGGCUCGCAGUGCUGGCAGCCAGGAGUGUGUCGACAUCUUGCUCCAGUACGGAUGCCCAAACGAACCAGCUCCCUCCGCUGCCACGACUGUCGGUUUCGCGGCAGCCGCGACAUCCAGCUUCCCUGUGGCCAUGACGCCGAGCCUGACGGUUGCCACGACGCUCAAGAUCUCGCACAAGAGCGGUGGCACCAGCUUGAGCUACAGCACCUCUAGAAGAGCAGUGUCAUAA